AUGUCGAUGCCGCUGAAUGAACCACCAUACUUGCCGCCUCGAAGACCAAAGUCGGCAACAGAUUUCAAAGCAAAGCGGCUGUCACAGGCUGCUACACCUCUGUACCUCCCACCUCGGCCGGUAUCUCUGGUGGCGCCUACUCGCGGACCGCUCACACCCGUCUCUGAGCUCACACAGGUGCCAUACUCGCAUCGCAGUCAGCGGGACUCUUCGGCAUCACUGCCUGCUUCGAGGCAUGUAUCUUCUGGAGACCAAGCUGGAGCGGGAACUUCUCAGUACGCAACAAGCGACCUUUCUCAGCAUUCACUCAAAGAGGACAUCAUCGAGGCAGUUCCCCAACCUUCACGACCUCGCCCAGUGGCACGACACUCUUUGCUUCGCUUUGAGAGCAAACUUUCCCCGACGAAGUCUAGUCGUAAAGGCCUCGAUUUUCGUACCUCUUUAGACAGAGCCGCAACAGAGCCUCAGACAGAGUCUACCAGCAGAAGACCAAGAAGCUAUCCCUGCUCUCGCUCUGGUUCAAUGUAUCGCGGCAUCGACAGCAACUCUCCAACAGACGUGACCCCAAUCCCAUCGAUCCCGCCACACAUGCAGAACCACGAUCCAUGUCGACUGCCACCCCUUCAACAGCCAAUGGAGCUCGCCGACCUCUCCCGUAGCAGCUCCCAGCAUUCCACAGCUCGUCGACCAAAGGUCGUCAGACCCAGAGCUUCAUGGCAGUCCAUGUUGAGCCUCGACAACCUCUUGACCUACCGCGAAGAAAAGGCAGACUGGAAGCGCGCCUCCUCCUUCAUGCAAUCCCCGGUGGAGAGCGACUACGAGCGACAUCCCACUCUCACCUCGGCGCCAGAUACAAUCCCUCUUGACGACAUGUCCAACCACAAGAGGGUCGACACCCCACCAGCCUCAGGCGCAGCAACGCCAGACUCCGCUUCACGUCCAGCAUCAGUCAUAAUACCCGACUCGCCGCCACCCACCAGCCGCUUCCGCCACGUUAUUGCCGAGUUGGGAUUCUGCUUCACCAUCGCCAUGACGCAGUUCCUCGCCGAGUACAUGAUCUCGGGCUUCGCCAUCGAGCUCCCCAAACUCAUCGCUCGCCACAGCUCAGACGAUGACGGCGGCAUGGGGAAGUUCUGGCCCGCUUCGCUGCUCUCCCUCAUUCUUAGUGCAACACUGCUCAUCUUUGCUCGCAUCUCGGACAUGUAUGGUGGCUACUUCCCCUUCAUGUUUGGUGUCAUGUGGCUUGGAGUGUGGUCUUUAGUCGCUGGCUUUGCGGGGCUGGGGACUUUGCUGGAUGUAGCGAGAGCGAUGCAGGGACUGGCGAUCGCUACGUUCACGCCGGCAACGUUUGCGAUGCUGGGGAGCAUAUAUCAUGAAGGACCGAGGAAGAACUCAGUAAUAGGGCUGUAUGCCGGAUGUGCGCCGCUAGGGUUCUUUGGCGGUUUCUUGGUCGCUGGGGCUUUGCCGGACGGUGCGCAGGGGUGGUACUUCUGGAUCGCGGCGAUUUUGGCUUUCACGACUGCUGUUACUGCGUACCUUACUGUGCCACAUGAUCGCACAGAUCGGAAGCAGUUGGGGUUGAAGAUGGACUGGAGUGGUGCGUUCUUGAUCACGGCUGGGCUGAUCUUGUUGGCGUAUGCUUUGGCUGUUGAGCCUUAUGCGAAUGCUUCGGAUCCUUCUAGGUCUGGCUGGUCUUUCCCGAUGGUCAUCGCGCCGCUGGUCGUUAGUGUUGCUUGCCUUGGAACGGCAUUCUGGGUUGAAGGCUGGAUUGCUAAAUGCCCAUUACUUCCAUUUGACUUCUUCAAGCCAAAGGACGUCAAAUCAUUCUCCUUGAUGUCGUUGUGCUUUUAUGCCACAUACGGAGUCUGGCUAUACGAAUCAGCACAGUUCUUCCAGAACGCCCACGCGACGGGUACGGAGAAUGGUAUCGAUGGUGUUACACUUGCCGCCUGGUAUACGCCAACCGCCGUUGGAGGAUUAAUACUUUGUGUCCUCUCGGGCAGGCUGUGCCACAUGGCCCCAAUCAUGGCCUCGCUGCUGGUGUCUGCAAUGGCGUGGAUCGCAGCACCAUUACUUCUGGCUCUGUGUCCAUUGCCAUUGGAUUAUUGGGCGUAUGUCAUGCCGUCAAUGGUAUGUGCCACUCUCGGCAUCGAUAUUACAUUCACCAUAUCGUGUGUCUUCAUGGCGGCGACACAACCACUCCGGUACCAGGGUUUGGCGGGAGCCAUGUCAUCGAUCUUGGUCAACCUGGCCAUGUCCUUCUCACUCUCGAUCUCUGAGAUAGUAUCGGAGAAGGGUAGGAGCUCUAUCACCUUGCCGUCAUUUCAGUCUCCAGAGUACGCUGCAUUGGCAGAGGAGCAAGAGAUGUGGGGCUUCCGGUCGGCCUUUUUCUAUGGUGCUGCAUCUGCAGGAGUCGGUCUCAUCAUCUGCGCACUGUUCGUGCGCAUCUCACGCUCUGUCGUCAACCCGCAGCCAGUUGAUGAGGAGCAAGCUCGGCCUCGUCCUUCUUCGGAGGCCUCCACCUUGGUUGAUGGGAGUGAUCGUUGA